CAGAGAACAGAAAAGUACAGGAUUUAGACACAUCAGACCAACUACUGCUCAGUCAGUUAGAAAGGUAAUCAUGCAGUAAGUCAAUACUGUAAGUAAAAGUAAGUUUGAAUCAUAGAUAUUACAAUAAGAGGUCAGACAGACUGAAUUAGUUCAUUCAUUGAUUGAUUGGCGUAAUCAUUGAUAUUCGGUACAGUUAGUUAAGAUGGCCGACUACGUCAACAAACAGGUGAUUGAAUUCAACAAAGUUUCUGAAGAAAACCGGAACAGAGCAACGAGGAGCGUGAAGACUGAGAACCAUCGCUCAGAUGAAAGAACAAGACUCUACAGGCUGGCUGCUGUGUGUUUUGGAGUGCUGUGUGUUCUACAAGUCACUCUCAACAUCUCCCUGAGGCUGGCUUUCUUCCACUCCAACAGGGAGAGAGAGCAGUUAAACGGCUGUUACAACACCACUGGCCUGGCGCAGGUUGGAGACCAGCCAGAUUCCAGUAGUAUCAUGGAUCUGUGUACAGAGAGAGACCAGUGCCGGAUGAACAGAAACCAGCUAGAGAGGGAGAGAGACAAAGAGAAAAUGGACAAAAAACAGUUACUGGAGCGUUACACUGCCCUGGCUACAGAACGGGACAGGUUGAGAAACAGGGUCAGUCUUCUGACCAAUGAGAAGGUGGUGCUCUCUAGCUGUGGUACUGAAAGAGUGGUGGAAGGGAGUGGCAUGGCAGUCCAAACGAUGAGGACUGUGUUAAAGUGUCCUAAAGGAUGGAGGAUGGUGGGAUCCAGCUGUUACUUCCUGUCUACUGAGAGGAAAACCUGGGAGGAGAGCAAACUGGAUUGUCUGGCGAGAGGAGCAGACCUGGUGAUCAUAAACAGCAGACAGGAACAGAAGUUGUUGUACCAGCUGGAUGGUCUCCUGGUCUGGAUUGGUCUGACUGACUCCGUUAAUGAGGGGACCUGGAAAUGGGUGGACGGCACACCACUGACCACAUCGUCCCUGGCGGCUCUGCACUCCCAGAGCAUGUGCCUCACCGACUCUUCUUGGCCGCAGCCCGGUCGGGGGCACGCGGAUGUCCUCGCCAUGCCCCGUGAGUGCAUAACGGCCCUGACCGGGAGGAUCUCGUGGGCGACCAUCCAGGACAGGUCCCGAUGCCGAUUCAGGAGAGCAGGAUGGGCCACGUUGCGCCAGACCAUUGUGGGCUCGCCUAUAGCGAGCCCGCGCACUGGACAUACUGGUUCCCGCUCCUGCACAAGAGAGAGAAGAGAGCGGUACUGGAAGCGUGGUAAGCCGGACCAUGGUGGUACCAACAACAAGGAUUGUGUCGAGGUCUACCAUCGGGACAACGUUUUGGCCAACUGGAACGAUGCACCAUGCAACCACAUGCUGCAUUGGAUCUGUGAGAAAUUACAGAAAUAG